AUGGGAGGCGCAGGGGCGGCAGGGGCAAGGGGGGCUGGGGUGGAGGAGGCGGCGGCGGGGGAGGUGGUGGUGGAGGGGGUGGAGGGGGCGGCGGCGGUGGCGGCAGUGGUGGGAGUGGUGCUGGUGGUGCGGGGGGCAGUGGCGGAGCAGGGGGUGCUGGAGGUGGCGGUAGUGGAGGCGGAGGUGGGGGUGGUGGCAGUGGUGGCGGUGGUGGAGGUGGUGGAGGGAGCGGUGGAGCGGUGA